ACAGUAGAGAGCAAGGAUUAGCGGGAUGUGGAGGAGAUUGUGCUUGUUCAUUUCCUUGUGGCUGAUGAAAAAUGCGGUGCUGCAGGGCACUCCUGUAUCCGAGCCCUGUCACUCCAAUUACAGGAAUGUUUAUCCUUACACCGGCAUCGAGACACCGUAUUCUUACAUUUAUGACAACAGUACCGCAGGAAGCAUGACUCUAACAAACUGCAAACCGAUGCAGAUAUGGAUGUUGACCAGACACGGGACGGAAUAUCCGAGCGAGACAAUGAUGAAAACGAUCGUGGGCAUAGCGGAGAGAUCGCGCCCCCACUUUCAAAACAUCGUGAAGAAAGUAUACGGACGAAUGACCACAAUUGUAAGCGAGAGAGAACUUCUAAGGCAUCUGAAUUCAGACAGUUGGAAGAUGGUGGAUCGUUUCGUACUUAUCUUUGUAAUUCUUAAUGGACUGUUUCCGGUAGGCAUACCUCUGUACGCAAAGGUUCCGAAAAAUUGGGAUACCUGUCCCGCUUUCGGAAGGAAAAGGAAAGAAAAGUAUUUAACGAGGCAGGGUGAAAAGGAUAUGCUUGCGCUCGGUCAGAGAAUCAGAGCGAAAUUGCCGACACUCUUCUUCGAGAAUGUGACUAAGAGUUUCAAGGUGGAGUUCAGAUCGACGGCUGCACAAAGUACGACCGCUAGCAUGUUAACUUUCGCAAAGGGAGCCUUCGAUGUUGACCUCAGGUUAAUACCAAAUAACAACAAUUCGAAGUUCGAAUCAAUGAACGUAGAACAAGAAAUCAUAACAAAGCUUUUCGAAGGAGCGGAGGGUAAUGUGCUCAAUUUUAGGGUUGUGCCGGUCGUUAAUGACACUUUGUUGAAGCUGUACGACACUUGCGAGUCAUGGUACAGUGUCUUCAACGAGCAAGUGGCGAAGUUUGUUAAUGGCCCGGAAAUGGCGAAAGUUGUGGACGACGUUAGUCGUUAUUUGUCUCUUCCAGAUCCGAUCAAACAAGAGAGUGUCGCUCAACUUUACGACGUGUGUCGCUUCGAGAGGGCCGUGUGCCCGGAAAAACCGUCGCCCUGGUGCGACGUGUUCACCAACGACCAAAUGCGGACCUACGAGUAUCAGGACGAUCUCUUUUCUUACUACGACGUCGGUCCGGGAGAAAAGAUCAACGGCAAGCUGGGAUGUCAUCUCGUCCGGGACAUGUUCGAACAUUUUACAAAACUCGAGAUAUACGACGACGAACCGAGCGGUGUGUUCUACUUCGCCGACUUUCAAAUGAUAUCGCUGUUCCUUACCGCGAUGGGAAUCGGCAGGGACUCCGUGCCACCUACGGCCGCGAACUUCCGAGACACGAGUUAUAGAAGUUGGAAGGUCUCCCAGUUGGUGCCGUCUGCCGCGAAUUUUGCGGCGGUCUUCCACAGAUGCAAUUCGAGGAACACUCCCUUCAAAGUCUCCUUCUAUCUAAACGAGAGUCCUGUGACCCUCGAAGGCUGCGAGGACGGAAUCUGCAAUUGGGCGCAGCUGAAAAAGAAGUUGGGCAUUAUCGCGGCCAAUUGCAACGAGAAAAUUUGUGAAAAGAAUUUCGGACAAAAUACCGAAUCAAGUUCCGCACGGUGGCUUAACACUACAACCGUUCGUGUCAAAAUUCCGCCAAAAUCAGAGAGAGAAUUCGUAUUACUUCCCAGGCUGCCUAAAAAUUAUACAAUAAACUUUGAAAAGGCUGAAGAAGAGAAUCCACUCUAGAGCAGAAUGCCGAGCCGAGCCUGAAUGUUUAUUUUGAAUUAUAUAUAGAGGAAAAUAAUAAAAGAAAUCUUUUCCUUUUGUUCUAUCCUAAAAAAAGCAUUAAAAAAGAAGUUUUUAUAAUAAACCUUUAAAGAAAUCUUUAGUGUUGGCAACUUCAAAAAUAAACAAGAAUCUGAUCCUUAAAAUCUACGAGAACGGUCUGUAAUUUGGCGAAGUUGAAAAAAAAGUUUUAUGCUAUGUAAUAUCAUUAUUUUUUUAAUUUAAAAUAUAAGAACCAAUUUAGAAUGUGCUGUUAGCUUCCUUGUUUUUUACUUUUUACUUUUUUACAUAUUAUUUUAUCAAUAAAACAUCUUGUUGACUAUCA